UCCAGCUUUAGCCUCCAAUUGUGCAGGUUUGCAUUUUUCGCCAUGCUGACGCAGCCCGGGCCCAGAUAAAGCGGUGACUGGCCAGGACUUAAGGCCACAGUUACAUUUCUCUGGUCGCUGCCAGUUCAUGUCGAGUUUAUUAUUUGAUAUCGCUAUGCCUCUGAAGAACGUUCUGGUGACGGGAUGCUCAUCGGGAAUAGGCCUGGCCAUUGCUGCCAAGCUGGCCAAGGAUGAACAGAGGAGAUUCAAAGUUUAUGCAACAAUGAGAAAUCUGUCUAAGCAGGACGACCUGGUGAAGGCCACAGAGGGAUGUUUGGGGAAGACCCUGGAGAUCAAGCAGCUGGACGUGUGCAGUGAAGAGUCCAUCAAGGACUGUGUGAACAGCAUCCAGGACCGCAGGGUGGACAUUCUAGUCAGUAACGCCGGCGUCGGCCUCAUUGGACCCAUCGAGUGUCAAAGCAUCGAAGAGAUGAAGACUGUGAUGGACACCAAUUUCUUCGGCCUGGUCAGACUACUGAAGGAAAUCCUCCCAGACAUGAAGAGGAGGAAGAGCGGCCACAUCGUGAUCAUCAGCAGCGUCAUGGGAAUCCAAGGUAUUCUGUUCAAUGACGUCUACGCCGCCUCCAAGUUCGCCGUUGAAGGAUUCUGUGAGAGUCUCGCUAUUCAGGCGCUGAAGUUCAAGCUCCAGUUGAGCCUCAUCGAGCCCGGACCGGUGAUCACUGAGUUUGAAAAGAAAGUUUUCGAGGACGGAAUGAAGAUGGAUCUUUCUGCGGCCGACAAGGAGACGGCGGAGAUGUUUACGGACGUCUACCUAAAGAACUACAAGUCAAUCUUCCAAAGCCUGGGUCAGACGGCUGAAGACGUGGCGGAGCAUACCAUGAAGAUCAUUCUGGCUGAGAACCCGCCGUUCCGUCACCAGACGAACAAUCUGUACACGCCGAUGACCACUUUAAAGUACGCCGACCCCAACGGGGACCUCCCCAUCGACACCUUCUACAAGAUGGUCUUCCAGCACGACAAGAUCUUCAACGCCAGCCUAAACUUCAUCAAACUCCUGAGAUGGAGGAGUAAAAAGAGCUUCGACCUGGGCAAACCGCCAUCGUAAGACGCCGAGAGGAGCCGCGACAAUUUAACGAUCACUUUCUAUGCAUUUUCUAUUGAGUUUAACCGGUGGCGCCGGAGACUGCGGCCGCGAUUGGUUAUAGAACUGCGCUAGAUAUCACGUUACUCUUCCUAUCAUGUUGGCCUAUUGUAGUAGAACCAAAAAAUGGCGUCUCAUGGUCACCGAGGACAUUAAAUUAUAAUGCGUCUCUAUGGUUACGAUAGGGUGUGGUGGGCGGAGUCACCCAUUGACCACCAUUGCCCCCCCCCCCCCCUUCUUGGCUUUCUCCACUUUUAGUAUGGCCCAUGUG